AUGCAUUGCGACUUUGCCCCUCCGUUGACGAACCCGCCCGCCCACUCCCCGACCGCAUCAUCACCCCCGACGCCGACGCCGAAGAAACGGGGCCGUCCGCGCAAGAACUGGGACGAUAUCCAGAAACUCCCGACGCCGACGGCCUCCGAGCCUGAAUCCGCCCGAACGCCAAUCACCCCAGCCGCCGUGCCCGCGACCGUCGAGCCCUCCUUUCCCCAAGUCCUGAACCCGGACGAUCUCGAACUCCUACACCACUACAUGUGCCACACGGCCAUCACGCUGGGCGACGCGCGCGUCUGGAGAGAACACGUUCCGCGGCUGGGUUUUCAGCACCAUUAUGUCCUGCACAUGGUCCUGGCCAUCUCGGCGCAGCACCUCGCGAGGUUGCGCCCAAGCCACGCCGGCCACUACGAGGCGUUGGCGGAGCGCCAUUCGACGAGCGCCCUGCCCGAUGUGACCAACAUCAUCCCGAAGUUGAACAAGGACAACUGCCAGGCACUCUACCACACGACAGUCCUUGUCUGCCUGUCGACGUUCGCGAAGCGGCCGAGCCCGGGACAUCUCCUGAUUGUGGCGGAAGAGGGCGAGGUCCCCUGGUGGGCGUUACUCCGUGGCGUCAAGUUCGUCGUCAAGACGAUGGGCAUCCAGACGAUAAUAGCAGGGUGGAAAGACGAUGGCGUGACGUUCGAACAGACGUGGACGCAUUGCCCGCCGAUGCCCACCCCUGUACACAAGAUGGUGCACUGGGAGAAGCGUUUCGAAGAGCUCGCCGAUCUCGUCGCCACCGCCCCAGAGCAGGACCGGCAGAUGUACACGACGUUGCUAGGAUCCCUGGAAGAGUGCUUCAAGAUGACUUUCGGCACACUAGCCGAGCCUGUAGACCAGGUCCAGGGGAAGUUCGAGUGCAUCAUGCGCUGGCUGUACAGCAUGGAGGAUGAUUUCGUUGUCCGUCUCCAGCAGAAGCACAUCCUGCCCAUCAUAUUGCUGGCCCAUUUCAACGUCCUCGUGCAGACGUUGGAGCACUUUUGGUUCAUGCAAGGUUGGUCGGAGCAUCUUAUGAGCGGUCUGUUUCAGGUUCUGGAACCUCAGUACAGCCACUGGCUCCAAUGGCCCGCGGACCAGAUCAAGCGCCCUGCUCCCUCGGAUAGCGGUGUGUUGUCGGUACGCAACAUCAUCGACUGA